AUGGAGGAAGUGGAAAGGGCGAAUUUCGCCGCCAUAGAAAGCUGCCACCGUGUAAUCUCCAUUCUAUCCCAACCGCACGAUCAAAACCAGCUCAGAACCCUAUCCGACCAGACGGGCCAAGCCGUUCAGAAGUUCAGACGGGUCAUCUCCCUUCUCGGCUCCCCCUGUGGCCACGCCCGAGUCAGAAAAAGCAAGAAAAUCCAAACUCCUUUUCCCCAGAGCAUCUGUCUCGAAAAUCCAAUCAGCAAAACCGACGGUUAUCACCAAAUCCCGAACCCCCUCAGUCUCGUUAAGAUCAACCAUGACCUCUCUCUGGAAACCCCUUCUCUGGACCUUCACCUUUCCCACCAGAAACCGAGUCUUUCGAGCUAUCAUCACUUCUACAGGCGAAGCAGUAGCAGUGGGGGGGUUAGCCUCAAUUUCGACGGGUCCACCACCUGCACCACGCCCGCCAUGUCAUCCGCCAGGUCGUUCAUCUCGUCGUUGAGUAUGGAAGGGAGUGUGGCGAAUUUCGACAGUAACGGGUUUCGUCUGGUGGGGCCCGCACGCUCGGUGGAUCACGGCUCGUUCCAUCACAAGAGGAGGUGUUCCGGGAGUGUCAAGUGUGGGGGCAACAGUAGAUGCCAUUGUUCGAAGAAAAGGAAGCACAGAGUGAAGAGGUCUAUCAAAGUGCCUGCCAUAAGUAACAAAUUAGCUGAUAUACCGCCAGACGAGUACUCGUGGAGAAAAUAUGGUCAGAAACCAAUCAAAGGUUCACCUCAUCCGAGAGGAUAUUAUAAAUGUAGUAGUAUGAGAGGCUGCCCCGCGAGGAAGCAUGUGGAGAGGUGCUUAGAGGAGCCCUCGAUGCUCAUCGUCACUUAUGAAGGCGAACAUAACCAUCCGAGAUUGGCUUCACAAUCAGCCAACACAUGA